CUUCGAUCGGGACGCAUUGCCUCUGGGCUGGAGUGCGAAAAAAUGAAGACACUUUGCAUUGGCUUUCUUUUCGCAGCUAUCGCAGUCUGUGCAGGUGCUCCGGAAAGCCAGUUGCCCUGCGAUUUGCGUGAAACGAGCCAUGGAAGUGUGUGCGUUUGCAACAGCAGCUACUGCGAUUAUCUGGAACAGCCCCAGCUCACUGAUAGCUCCCAGAUUGUGGUGAUUAGCUCCAGCAAGGAUGGCUUGCGCUUCAAGAAGACCACAGGCUCUGUUACAGAUGGCAAACCUCUAACUGUGGAGGACAGGCCCUUUACUGAUGAGAACUUCAAUGCAGAGGCUAUUGUGGUGGAUCAGGAAAGAGCCUGGUUGCAGUUGGCCAACAUUUCGCAGCGCCUAUUUAUUAAUGCCAGCACUAGAAGCUUUCGCAUAACCGUGGCACGAGAGCAUAAAUUUCAGAACGUCUCCAUUUUUGGAGGCGCUUUUACGGGAUCAGUCUCACAUUUAAUCGAAAAAUUGCCUCAAGAGCUACAGGAUCAUGUCUAUAAAUCCUUUUACCAUCCCCAUGGAAUUGCCUACAACGCCGUACGAAUGUCGAUCGGUGGCUCGGACUUUGACUUGGAGCCCUGGGCCUAUAACGAGUGGCCUCGUAACGAUUCCCAGUUGAGUAACUUCACAUCCCUCGAUCCGCGGGAUCUGCUGAAAAUCGAGCAACUGAAUCGCUUGAAAGCAGUUGGUCAACUGGAUGAGCUGAAGAUCAUGGCCGCCGCCUGGAGUGCUCCUAGGUGGAUGAAGAGCAACGACCGCUGGACAGGAUUUGGCCACCUGAAAUCGGAAUACUACCAAACCUGGGCACUCUACCACCUCAAAUUUCUCGAACUCAUGCGGGCUAAAAAUAUGCCGAUUUGGGCCAUAUCCACCGGCAAUGAGCCGCUGAACGGCGUCAUCGGCUUCUUCUUUGUGCACUUCAUGAGCAUGGGCUGGACGCCCUGGCAGCAGGCUAUUUGGCUGAGCGACAAUCUGGGACCGGCCAUCAGGAACUCGGCGGAGAGCAAGGUGCUCAUCUUUGGCAACGACGACCAGCGCUACACGUUUCCCUCAUGGUUCCGAAAGAUGCGUUCUGCCCGCAACGAUUCUCUAACCUAUUUGGAUGGUUUGGCGGUCCAUUGGUACUGGGAUGACCUGGUGGCUCCACAAGUCAUUGAACAGGCUCACGCGGAGAUGCCGAACAAGAUGAUAUUGAAUACGGAAUCCUGCAUUGGAGAUAAGCCCUGGCAGACCCACGGCCCGGAGCUGGGAAGCUGGCAGAGGGGAGAAAGCUACAUGAGGGCCUACACCCAGGACCUGAGGCACUACUUCAAUGGCUGGCUGGACUGGAAUCUGGUGCUGGACGAACAGGGCGGUCCCAACUAUGUGAAGAACUAUGUGGAUGCGCCCAUCAUAGUGAAUGCCACUAGUCGUGCCGAGAUAUACAAGCAGCCCAUCUUCUAUGCCAUAGGCCACUUCUCCAAGUUCCUGCCGCCGCAAUCUGUGCGCAUCGAGACGCGAAUCCAGGGCCAGCUAAAUGCCUUCACCCAGCUGAGUGUUGUGGGCUUCCAGCGACCAGACGGCAGUGUGGCGCUGAUCAUCUACAAUGGCCAGAACCUGCCGGUGGAUGUGGCCCUCGAUGAUAGCCAGCGCGGAACGAUCCACCUCCGCCUGCCGCCGCGCUCCUGGCACACGGUGCUCUACAAAUGAGUCUUCCCGGAACCCAACUAUAUAGUAAUUUAAACUAGGCUAGGAGGAGGGGGCACGGAGUCCAGCUGCCGCUGCCCAGAGGACCAAUUGAGGCUCAAGUGACGGCGGCGCAACGGAAGCCAAUAAAUCGCCCCUCAACAGGAUGAGCAGGAUAAUGGGCCCGAGGAGGUGGGGAUUCGAGUGCUAGGAUGUAAUGCCAGAUAUGCGGAGACAGCGGAAAUUUGUUUAAGCCGCUCAAUUUGCCGGAACGCGUCUGUUUACAAUGAAAUUUCAUUUGCCGUUUAA